AAGUAAUCCAUUUCUUUUCACUUCACUAGCCAAUAUAUAUUGUUUCAAUAUUUUAUUUCUUGCUGCUUAGCUGCAAAUUGAACUCCUGGCUUUCACUAGCUAGCUAGCGUAGGUAUUCUGAUGGAAAACAAGGAGGCCAAGUAUGAUGAUCAUGGUCAUCAUGAUCAUCAUCAUCUAGGGAUGAUCUUCAUUAUGAUUGUGAUAAUGAUGGUCGUGAAUAAUGGAGUGGGAGUGGAUGGUCGCCUGAGAAUGGAUUACUAUAUGAUGGAUUGCCCCUUGGCUGAUUUCAUUGUUAAAAACAUUGUGAAUAAACAUUUGGAGAACGACCCUACCCUUGCUGCUUCUCUUCUUAGGAUGCACUUCCAUGAUUGUUUCAUCCAGGGGUGCGAUGCAUCUGUAUUGAUAGAUUCAAGUCAGAAGAAUAAGGCAGAAAAGGACUCGCCGGCCAACUUGAGCUUAAGAGGGUAUGAAGUUAUUGAUGAGGCCAAGGAAGAGCUUGAGAAGCAAUGCCCCGGAGUUGUUUCUUGUGCUGAUAUUGUUGCUAUGGCUGCCCGAGAUGCCGUCUUCUUUGCUGGAGGUCCAGUUUAUGAAAUACCCAAAGGCAGAAAAGAUGGAAAAAGGUCAAGAAUAGAAGACACUAGAAAUCUACCAUCUCCCACUCUCAACAGCUCUCAGCUUAUCAGCAUGCUUAGGCAGCGUGGCUUCACGGUUCAAGAAAUGGUAGCCUUGUCGGGUACCAAAAUCCUACGGAAUAAUAGUAAUGGUUUUUACAUUCUUUUUCAAUUGUCUGCCACCACCAAGGUUAUCCACUAGUGCAGUCCGGAAAAAAUCUCAGUCAAAGUUUGUUGAGUUGCUUACCGGCCGGCCACUAAGAAGUGCCGGAAUGGAGUUUAACUUUUAAGGAGUGGUUGCUAAAAAAAAGUGGUUUUCAGGUUUUGAGUUAAAAGAAAUUGAAAUGAAUGUUUUCAAGUGAUAAUUUCUAUGUAAAUUAAGUAAUUAAAAACUGAAAUCUGAAAGCAUGAGGAAGGAUGCUUUAAGCUGCUAUUCUCUUUUGGGAUUUUGCCUUGAAUAUUACAAAUAAGUGGAUAUUUGACAAAAAAAGUGACCUUUUAUUUAAUUUUCCAAAAAUGUGACUGAAAACUAACAGUACCGCUACAGUAAUGGCGCUACAAUACUUGUGCUACAGUGACGAUUUUACAGUGACAUCACUACAGUGACAAUUGUACAGUGACCGGGGUUUGUAUCAAACUGUGACACUGUGACCGGGGUGGGCUGUAAACACUGUAGAAUGGAAAAAAAUAUUUAUUUUAUCAAACACCACCAACUUUUACUUUUUCAGAAGCAUAUUUUAUCAAACAUUAGCAAUUUUAUCUAUUAAAUACUUUAUCCAAAAUCACUUUUAAAAAAAACUAUUUUUUUGUAGUAGAAGCAAUCACAGACACUCUCUUAGUCUUGCUCUAGAAUCACUUUGUUAUAAGGUGUCUUCCUCAACUUCUAAAAUAUUGCUUUAAGAGCAUUUGGAAAAUUAAUUUAUUUAUAUUUUCAGACAAACACUUCAAUAUCUGCUUCUAUAUUUAAUCCAAACACCCCUUAUCAGAAAUAUUCAUUAACGGGGUGGCAGGGUUACACACUUGUACUGUUAUACAUCAACUAUAAUAUAUUAACAUCAUCAUACUAGUAAUAUUUAACAAAUGUGAAUCAAGGGUCAUACAUCUACUAUAAUAUCAUCAUAUAGAGCCCGUUUGGUAGCACCAAAAUCGGCUGUUUUGGCUGAUUCUGCUGAAAUUUAUGAUAUUCUGGCUGGAGCGGCUGUUUUGGCUGAUUCUGCUGAUUUAAGAAAAAAAUAUUUUAAAAAUAUAUUUUAUUAAUAAAUUAAAGAAAAAAUUAUAUGUAAAAAUAGCUAAAAUGGUCCUCUACAGUAACUUCAGCCAAUACAGCCAGAAAAGUAACUCCAACCUUACUUUUUCGGCUUAUUACACAAUUCAGCGCGCGAAAGUAAAAGUUACGUGUUUGGUGAAAAAGCUGGCUGAUAAGUCUGAUAAGCCGAAAACAGAGUUCUCCAAACGGGCUCAUAAUAUUUAACAAAUGUGAAUCAAUUUUUGAAUAUUAUAUUCUCAAACCAACAAAAGAUGAGGAAAAAGUUAUCUUCAUCACAUCUUUUUAAUUUCAAUUUAUAGUAUGUGUAGUUUCCAUUGCCUAGAAACGAGUAUCAGAUAGGGUGGAUUCGGGCCGGGUCCAGGUCGGGCCUAGGCCUGGGCGGGCCGGCAGUUCAGAAUUGGUGGACCCGGGACCGUCCCAGGUAGCCACCGGGUCCGGGCCGGGCCGGGCAUCCGAUUUGGUUUUUUUUUUUUUUUUUGCUUUCCUACCCCCCCCCCCACACCCCCCAAACCCCUCCUAACUAUCAAGCCCAACCCGGGUGGAACCCCAAAAAAUGAAAAAAAAAAUCAAUUUGGCCCGGAUCUGGGCCCGACCCGGCCGGGCCGGUUCGCCAAAUGUAAGACCCGAGCCCGGACCCGAGAACCGGGCCGGUCCGGUCCACGGGCCGGGUGGCCCGACCCGAAUCCACCCCUAGUAUCAGACGCAUAAUUAUAUACUAGUACUUGCAUGUAUGUAUCUAUAUACUCUGUGCUACGUAUAUAGUUUGGAUAAAUUAAAAGAAGUUCUUAAUGUUGGAAUGUUUGAAUUGCACUCAUAUUUAUCUAUACCGCACUUUUAUAGUGAACUUUUUGAAGAAGAAAUGCGUCAAUGCAUUGUAAAAAAGUGAUGUUUUCUACGAACAUAAAAAUGUAGUAUAGCUUUGUAAAAGUAAAAAUCUUCGUAUUUCAAACAUUGAACAUUUUUUAUUUAAAUUGCACAUUUGCACCUAAUAUAGAGAGGAGAGAGAGUAAUGUUCAUAUAAUGCCAGGCUGAUUGGGAAUUCCAUCAAGCCGAAUUCAUUUUUAAUGGAAAAGGGAAUUUGUAAUCCAAUUUCUUUUAUUCAGCGUUACCAACUUAUGUAGCACAGAAACUCUUAGGAAAUUGUAUCUCUUCAUUUCGAAAUUUCUACACAAACUCUUUAAAAACUCUCCAAACAAACAUUUUUAACAGAAAUUGUCGUUUUUUGUUUCUCAUUUCCCCCAUUAUUUUCGGGUUUCUGUGCAACAUACUUACAAACUACUCCUAAGUGCACUUAAGGGCCACAACACUCGCAGCAAAAUCACAAAUCCCACAUCAUGUGCAGGCGCCCAUAGCUUGGGAGCAGCGAGGUGCGCAUCAUUCAAGCAGCGGUUGAGCAGCUUAGACCGGACGCAUGCUGUGGACCCCACUAUCGACGGCAGGUUUGCGGAGACCCUGUCUCGAACAUGCAGUGCCGGAGACAGUGCCGAGCAACCCUUCGAUUCAACGAGGAACACAUUCGACAACGACUAUUUCAAUGCACUGCGGGGAAAGAGAGGCGUCCUCUUCUCCGACCAGACAUUGUUCGCCGAUCCCGCUACUCGGAGCAUUGUCAACAGCUAUGCUAUGAACCAGGCAAUGUUCUUCUUCCAUUUCCAACAAGCCAUGGUGAAGAUGGGAAGGCUCAAUGUUAAAGAAGGACCUCAAGGUGAAGUCCGGCAGAAUUGUCGGGUGGUUAACAAUUGAUCUUCUCAACCAAAUUAGUGUCUAAUAUAAAUGGGGAAAGAGUUAAUAAGGUAAUGUUUGGCUUUCCUAAAUGGGGAAGGCUUUCAUAUUCUACUAGUGUAAAGCCCGGGGCAAUGCCCCGGUAGCACGCCAAUUCGAUUAGAGUUAAAAUAAAAAAAUACGGGGUACUUAUAAAUAUUAUUGUGAACUAUUCAUAUAAUCCAAAGUUGAAUAUAAUGUUUUAUAUUAUGAACUAACCACAAUCAAUUACAAAUUUGU